AUGGUGUCCCAAGCCUACAACCAUCUUGGCGACAAGCGACACAACCGGGCCUUUUCCCCGUAUGUUGGCAGCUCCGGCUACGCCGAGGCACGUGUCUAUGUGCCGCCGCAGCCAGACACGCGGACGCUGAUGAGCGAGCAUCAGACGAACCCGCCGGAUCCGCCCCGGAAGCGGAUUGCCGUUGCGUGUGGCCGGUGUCGCCAGCGAAAGAUCCGGUGCAGCGGCGAUCUGGGCCAGAACAUGCCCUGUUCCAACUGCAAGAGCGCCGGCGUGACGCAGUGCCUCUUCUUGCGCGUGUCCUCCCGCGAGACACCCAUCAAAAGCGACCUGGCUCUUGGCCAGCUCGGCGGCGCCCUGUCGGGCCACGCGGGCAGCAGCCUCCGCAGCGAGUUCAACUACAAUCCGGUCAUUGCCCGCACCCUCGCCAGCCACGCGGCCGUCCCGCCAUCGCCCAACUACAGCACCUACUCGUGCCCCAGCGGCAGCACCAAUACGGCGGGCAGCAUCGGCGGCAGUGUCGGGGCCAGCACCAUUGGCCGUGCCAGUGGCGGUACCAGCGGUGGUCCCAGUGGUGGUACCUGUGCAAGCGACUUUGCUGCCGCCGGCGAGCCGCUCCGGUCGUCCAGUCUCCACCCCUACGUCAACAAAUCGUACUUGUCCAGCAUGACGCCGUGGGGCGCCGGCUACGGCGAGGACUGUGUCGACUACACCGUCCCCGCCUGCAGCCCGUAUGCCGUGGCCAGCGACGCGGCGGGCCAGUUGGUGUCGUACCAGCCCUGGGACGUGCGGUCGAAGCAGGUCAAUGUUGGUGUUGGUACCAUCCCGGACGCCUUGUCAGUGCCGUCGGUACCGCCAGUGAAUCCCACAACCAAGACCUCGGACAGCGCGACGGCCAGCUCGCCUGGUCCCAGCCCUGUUCAUCACACGUCUCGUCAUGGCAACACGGGCACGAGCAGCACGUCCAACACCACCACUGCCAGCUCCACGGCCAACACCACGCCCUACGCCUCGGCCAGCACCACAGCGGAUGCUCUGUCACCCAACACGACCAGCGGGGCCACCAGUCUCGUCUACCGUCUCGCCACGGACGCCGACAACGAUGACUAUCGCCAUGCCAAUUCGUCUCUGCCGCUCAGCGAUCGGCUGCUUGGCCACACCCUACCGAGUUCGCUGGCGAGCAAGUCGUCUGUGUCUGCCGCAUAUGCUGCCCGCCGUGGUGCGCCCAGCCCUGUGCCCGGCCCCCAUCCCCAUGCUCAUCCUCAUUCCCAUGCUCAUGCUGUGCCGCACUCGAUCCCGCAUUCCGUGCCGGCCCGCUCGUCAGCCGUCACACCGUACAACACGGCGCCAUACACGAGCCACACGAGCCACAUGAGCCAGCCCAGUGGUGGUAGUGGUAGUACCACCGACCAUGUCUCACCCCUGUCCCUGGGCGCAUCCUCGGGCUCGUCCCUCGGUCCGCCGCUGGGCUACCCGACACGCGCCAGCCCGGUCGACCAUCAUGCCGGGUACGGCUCGGCAAGCGCCUCCAUCACGAGCGGCGGUGGCCUCUUUAGUGACCAAGACCGCGAGGUCGGCCUGCAAGGCUCCGGCGGCGGCCCGUCCUCGUCUGCGUCGUACCUCAGCAGCUACACCUACGCGCCCGGCACGCCGCGGCCGUCGAGCGCCGCCAUGGCCCGCCAAAAGAGCAAGAAGAAGACGGCCUCCUCCGAGAGCCUGGUGCCGAGCAACGUGGCCCAGACAUCAUCGACGGCGGCCGUUGCCACCACCGGUUCCCCAGCACCGACAACGACAGCGGCAGCAGCCAUGCACCGCGUGUACAGCCCGACAGACGGCCCGGCACCGCCGCCUUUGUACGAACACGAACCACAGCACCAUGACACGCGCAGCGACACUCUCUGCACUGGCAGUCAUAGCCAAGACCUGCAGCACACUCAACAUGCACCCAACUACCGUGUUUGA